GCAAUCAAGUGUUUGUAAUUACUAAUUAGUAGUAGCCAAUACUGUAAACAUGAAAUUAAAUUUGAAACAUCAGCUAAUUCUACAAUGAUAGUUUAUACAAUAUAAUAACAUUAUAAUAGUUUAUUUUAUCAAGGCUAAAAGUCAUACCAAACUAAUUAAAAAUCAAAGUAACAUACGAAGUUUCGAAUACCAUUUUAUUGGCGAUGAAUGCAUUUAAUUUAGGUUUCAUUUCAAAGUGCUGCUUUAUCCUUCUGUUUUUAUUUGUGUACAAUGCUACGGCUACGUCAUGUAAUUUUAAUAUCAAAUUAAUUCAAACUCUCCACAAUGAAGGGUUCCAUAGGAAUAUAACAUAUGAUAUAGAUUAUGGAGCUUAUGAUGGUAAUGAAAACUGGUAUGAGGGUUGCUCUGUGGGAUUAGAGCAAGUACUGCCAAGUGGUCUUUUUGCUUCUCCUGAUGAACUUGAUGCAUUGAGUUAUAAGACAAAAACCAUAUUCAAGAACAAAGUGGACAUAGAAAUAUCAGCAGAAUUAGCAAGUCCUAUCACUGUUCAUCUACUGGGCUCUGUACAAAGUCAAAAAACAUUUCUAUCCCUACCUGUGCAUGCUCGCUAUCACAAAUCUGUAGCUGGUGGAGGGUAUGUUAAUGUGGAUAUACCUCCCCCACUUCUCUAUAUAAACUGUGGCCCCAAAAAGUUUGGAAAGUGUAGCAGUGAAUCACUUGUCAAUAGCUUCUGUCCGAAAAAUCUUCAGCAUAAGUGCCCCUGGAUACAAGUGCCUGUUGGAGGCGGUGCUCCGCUAAGUUGGAAGAUACCACGUGGGAAUACGCAGCAUCAUGACUUGGUUUGGUUCGGGACAGUAGCAGUCGUUUGCUUUGGUUCCUUAUACAUCUUGAAAGAAAUACACUGUCAUAAGACUAGACAAAAUAAACAAUUAUUAUAAUGUUGGAUAUUAUUUG